ACACCAUAUCAUCGGCUAAAUUUUGACAUUAUAUUUUUAAAAUUUUACACUUUCCGUCUGUUGUUGAAUUUUCUCAGUGAUGAUGUUUACAAAUCGAAUAUCAGUAAAAUAUAUUGUUUGAAGAAUUUGUUCUUACUAAUUAACUUUCAUUGUUAUUCCAUAUUAACUUAUAAAAAUAUGUUGUCGGUGUAUAGUAUUAAGUUCAAAUUACUUGCCUUGUUCUUAAUAAAUAUUUGUUGUUCACAAGAAUUCAAAGGGUUUGAUGAUACUAUUUUGUACAAAAUAAAUUGGCCUGGUAAAGAUGUCACUGACCGAUUGGUUAAAGAACAAGAAGAAAACAUUUUAAACGUGAAAACAGCUAUUGGUGAAUCAUAUCAGUGUAUUUUACCUAAGCAAGAUGAAGUAAAUAAAGAAUCUGAACCAUCAUAUAAUGGGCCCAAUCCACUGGAACUAUUAUCACCAUUAUUUUCAAAACAAGCUUGUUCUUAUAGAGUCGAUACUUAUUGGAUUUAUGAGAUCUGUCAUGGAAGGCAUGUUAGACAAUACCACAAUGAACGCGAAGGAAAGAUACAAAAAGAACAAGAGUAUUUUUUAGGAAAAUGGAAAAUUUUUGAUGGUCUUAAAUUAGAGGAAGAACUAAAAAGAUUAAUUAAUUUAAAUUAUCCUGGACCUACAAAGACAAGAAAAGUUGAUGGUGUGAAUUUACCAUACUUUGAAAUGAACAUGUCUGAUGGUACAGUUUGUGAUCUUAAUGGACGUCCACGACAAACCAAUGUGUUAUAUGUUUGUUAUCCACCAAGUAAACAUAAUGUAUUUUCGGUAAAAGAAACCUCCACUUGUCAGUAUGAAGUAAUAGUAUUAACAUCAUACUUAUGUUCUCAUCCUUGGUAUAAACCACCUAACAGUGAUGAACUAAAUAUUGAUUGUCUCCCAGUUGAUGAUUCACCACGUAAACCUCACAACUUAAAAGUUUUGCAAUCCGAUACAUCUAAAUUGAAAAAGCAAAUUAAAAUGUUAACAAAUGGAGAAACUAAAAUACAUGUUAAAAUACAACCAACAUCUGAAACCGAAUCUAAUUUACCAAAGGAUGAAUCUUCUUUAAUGAUGCAUUCUAAAACACCGAAUAAUGAAAUUGAAGAAUAUAUAAAUGGUGAUAUAUGUUUAUAUGGAGGAUCAGGAUGGUGGAAAUAUGAAAUUUGUUAUAAUAAAUAUAUUCAACAAGUACAUAAAGAAAAAGGGAAACCUGAUGAAGUUGUUGUUUUGGGAGUAUUUAAUUUGCAAGAACAUAUCAAAUGGUUAUCCCAAAAUGAAGAAAAAAAACCUAAAUCUGAUACUAAUGGUGUUCGACAAGUUGUAUCUCAUUUUUAUUCCUCAGGCUCCAUUUGCCAAAAAACUGGUGAAAAACGAGAGACUGAAGUUAGGUAUAAAUGUGUAAAAGGUCGUUAUAAUGAAGAUAGUGUUGCGCUUUAUUUGUUAGAGCCAAAAACAUGUAAAUACGUAUUGACUAUAGAAUCACCAUCACUAUGUGAAAUUAUUAAUGGACCAUUGGAUGAAUAUGGAAUAUUCAAUUUAAAAUUACGUCAUGGUAACAAAAAUGAGAAAAUUAAAAUUACAUCAGAGAAAGAGGAAGAGGAUAAGCUUAAGCAACAUAUUGAAGAACAUGUACUCAGAAAAGAAGUAUUUCAUCCUCUUGAACAAGAAGCUGAAGAAUCUGAUAAAAAAAAGAAAUUGAGUAAAAUUGAGUUAUAAUGAAUAUCUCAUCUAAUUUAUGUUUUGUGUAUAUAAUUUAAAAUAUCUUUGCAUUUUAUAGUGGGUGUUAAUAUUUUGUUAAUUAAAUAUUAUUUGCCAAAUAAAAUGGGUCCAUGUUCAUGUAA